AUGAAACUUAGCACUUCUUGGGAGGCAACCCAAGGUGACGAGGAGAAGAUAGAACAUGCAAGGAAGCUUGCUUGCGUCCUAAUCGCUUCAAAGGGGAGUACUUGCUGCUGGGUGCAUGAUUCCAGUGUAGACUUGCUGCUGGGUGCAGGAUUCCAGCCUAGACUUGCUGCUGGGUGCAGGAUUCCAGCCUAG